GAGCAGCAGAAGGAUCACGAGGAGUCAAUUUGCGCAAACUCAGCUUCUUGUGAACGACUUUUCAGUCUUUUCGGCACAGUACUCACAAAACUUUGUUCAUGUCUCAGUCUCAAAGGCCUCACAGACUUGGCAGAAUUGCGCUUGCAUUUGUGA